GAAAAUUCACACAAUUAAACAUAAUAUAUAAUAUAUAAAUACAACUAACGUACAAACAUGUCUGUAAACGGAAAACAUUGUCCUUGCACUGUUUGUUAGUUCAGUUAUAAAGAACAAACUUCAUAAGUGAGUGAGUGUGUGCGAGAGAGAGAGAGAGAGAGUGAGUGAGAGAGUGAGAGAGAGAGAGAGAGGGGUUAUGCUCGUACGAAAGAUCUCGCCAACAAUCAGUGACACUUUUUGUCCUCGCAUAAUCGCAUUGUGUCAUGUUUGACUACGUUUCAUGUGUCGAUACUUCUUCCGGUUUGUACAAGUACAACGUAACAAAGAGCCUCAUCGAGCCUCGUAGGAGACUGAUAUCGAGGCGAAGAGAAAAGUAUAAAGUGAUUCAAUAAGUUUCCUACGUCUCAAGCAAUGUCUCCGGAAGAGAUGUCAAAACAAACGGGAGCGUUGGAGAUGGAUAAGUGCAUCGCAUCUCGAUUGUGGUAUACGUCUCUGAGUGUUUUUCAGGCAAACGGUAACGGCGAGUCCUCGAAAGAAUUCAAUCACAAUUGCGGCGUCGACCUGACUGAACUGGAGGCUAUGGUCGAAAGCUUGAUUCAUUCGCCGAGCGAAGAACAGUACCAGUGGAUCGCCUCUAUCUUGCUGUGGCAGCUUGUGAGCAAGUCGUCCAAUGUCGAGUGUGACAUACAUCGCAAUAUUCAGAUACAACUCGAUUACAUACAGAUGAAAAGUGCCAUAGACCUGUGUGACAAUGCACCGGAAUACGUGUACAAGGAAUUACUAAUGUUCCUUAGGGACGCCAGCAUAAAGCACAGUACGAAAGUAGGCGCCAUAUCCCAACAGACUCUCGCAUUCCUAAAAGAGAAUAUACACAUGCGCUCAGGAAUUGUAUGCUGGAUCGUAAACAAAUUAAUAUCCGCAGUUCCAAACGCACUGUGCAAUGUUGCCGAUGAUCUGCGAGAUAUUUAUUUUUCUACGUUGAAAUUAUGCCUGAAACACGCUCCGCUCGGAAAGAUCUGGCACUCUGGACACGAUGCACUUGAAUUUUGUUCCUCGGGAAAUGGCCCGUCCAAUCAGGAUGAUCAUUUGAGAACCUUACUGUGUGUUUUGUUGCAAAUGGAUGUGGAUGCGAAUGCCGGGGUGGAAUUUUUCAAGACAAUUUACCCCAUGUUACUGAAAACACGCAAUGUCAAGGAUAUCGAGCUUGCAUUGUACUCGAGGAGAAAUGGGAAAUUAUUCAGCGAAUGGCUUUCGUUCUGGGACGAGACACAUGUGUGUUCCGAAAGCGUCGCCACUUUGGACACUGCAUACAAAAUCGGUGGGAAUAUAUUCAAGUUAACGGAAAACUCCGAAGUACUUCUGUGCAAACAGGAAUUGCUCAAGAGGAUAAGCACGAGGAGGUCGCACUGGUUGAGUGAUAUUUUGGACAUUUGUUACGUCUUAACUGUGAACAGGAAAUACAGCGAAGUAGAAUUAUUGUUAUCAUGUGACACGAUGAAGAGAUUGUAUCCAAUCUUACUGUUGAAAGCGUUAAACGAAUGUCCACACGAGGAAAUCAGUUCCCUCGAACACUGUGACAGCGGCAUUGUCACUUGUGAAUCCAUCAAGUUCUUGCUGGAGAAGUGUUAUCCGGAUUUACACGACGAUUACGACUUGAAUGGAUUUUACGUACUUCUGAAAAAGCACGUCUCCAUUGUGGAGUACAUAUUACAUUGGAAGAGAAGGUAUUUCGCGAGGACGAGAUUAGGAGGCGCUAAGGAGUUACGAAACGCGCAAUCCGAUGCGAUCGAAGAAACGGUAUCGGUGAAGCGGAUUCUCGCUCUUCUGCAGAAACACAGUGUACUCGCUGUAUUGAGGAUGACGACGAAUAUACACGAACAGGAUCACGAUGCUGUACAAGAUUUGCUGAUCACGUCUCCUGAAUCCGAGAACUUUCAGGCUUACUGCAGCAUAGUGAGCGCGUUGAGGGCCGUUUUAUUGUGCGAAUCUUACAACACGGAGUACGAGCAGAUCGCUGAGUGCUUCGCCGACGUAACAGCAUACUUAUCCACCUUGUUCCCGCUGUCCUUGAGGCUAGAGACGAUGAGGAAUAUAUUUUCGUUAGUGUUCCUGCGUUACGAGGACUUCAACGCUACGAACGCCAAUCCCAGAGACGACGACUGCGGCGCAUCGCUCGAGAGGACAAAUAAUAACAACAAUAAGUCGGUGGAAUACGAGAGAUCGGGCUUUGUGUCGAAUAAAUACGCCAUGAGAGACAUCCUCCAUUACUUGUGGGAGAGCACGACAGUUGCGACGCGAGAGAUCGAUAAAUUGCAAACAAUCGGCGGACACGAGGUGGAGGCGCAGCGUCUCCGCGAAGGUAUGUCCGCCUUUGCGUCCGCACUGGUGGACGCACGGUGGAGAUUGAAAUUUCACGCGAAAUCCGACUUCAUCGGGAGCUCCUCCGUCGAUACCCCGCAGUCUCGUCGUUCUCCCGCCACGAGUAAAGCGGAACCUGCGAUCGCGCCGAAAUUGAACUUGCCGCAUCGCGUCGAGGGGAACGCGUUCUUUUACAAGGAGGAGAGCACCUCGGACGAGACUAAACUCAAGUCCGACAGCGGCUCGGAGUCGGGCUUGUUAGCCGGCGGCGCCAGACGCAGGAAACGUUCCAGGAAUGUCGUUCCAACGGAUCCCUCAACGGCGAAGGACAGACCGUCUCUGAUCAACUUGAUGUUGGCCUCGCAGAAAAGCCUGCUCCUGCAUUGUUUGUGGAGAAGCGAUCUCCAGAAGGCGCAGGAAGUAAUCGAGAUGUUCCACAUGGAGAACACGCGGUUAAACAGCGAGGUCCGAUUUGCCGAGGCUCUUCACGCAUUCAAGCUGGACACGCUCGGAUACGUGCGCACGUCAGACGCAACGGACUCUCCCAGGGAAGGUCCGAAAAGUUCUAUAUUAGAGAACAUAAGGCUGGCCGCGCAGGAAGGUGUACAGUCCUCCAGGUAUACGAACCAGCUCGAGACACUGUUGGCGUCUCAGAAGCCGCACUUGCAGAAGCUGAACGCGGACACUCGGAACGGCAACGAGACGCUGACGCUGAGCGUGCUCGACCUGAGCCUAACGAUCGGCCAAACCCACCAGAUAUCGUGCAAUCUCUGCGACGUCGCAGUGAAGUACGUGAAAUUGGGCGAAUCGUUUGACAAUACGGAAUACGCCAGUUUCUUCCUGCGGAUCAGUCAAUUGUUUUACGAGAGCAAGAGCGGCGCGCCGAUGACAGCUAUAUUGUGCGACGCGAGAAUUCCAUUGUCCACGAAGGAGUGGAGGGAGUGCAACGCCUUCUGGAGCGAUUUCGAGAGUAACUGUCGCGCAUUCCGCGACACCGAGAGAGCAAAGACUGAAGACGCCGUCCAAGCGCGCUCCCGCGAUAAUCGUCUUCGAGGAUUGAAAAUGAUAAAAAGGAUGUCCGCCGUGAAUAACAACGAUCAGAAGUACCUUCAGAAUAUCUACUCGCACUUACAGCUUGUGUACACCAUUAUACCCGACGCGAAUGACGACACCAACUUGCAGACGGUGACGGAUUUAUUAAGAACACCGUUGCACCAUUACUUCGGCUACCAGCUAUUCGAGUUGCAGACAGAACCGGAUAAGCUUGAGACGGUCGCCUCUAGCCUGCAAGUGAAUUUAAUCUACAGCAUCCUUGUGAACGUGUGCCCGAAUAUUUCCUGUUACAACGAGAGAAGUCACACGGGGAUCGAGGAUCCCGGAAGAUGCGUCGUACUAAACCAGAAUCGAGUUAUAUCGGACACGAAGAAUGUAAUCACGAUGAAAGGACCGAAUCAGUGCGUCUCGGAGAUUCUGACGGAACUCCUGCGGGUUUUGCACCUGGUGACCUCGGGGCAACCUCGUCUGGAGAAUUCGCGCCUGAGGAGUGUUUCCGAUCACACGGACGUGCGGGCUGUGUUAAGCAAGACGUCGAGCUUAGCCACCCUCGAUCUCGGCGAGUUGUCCGUGGGCGACGAGACGCUGACGUUCUUCUUGAACGUCUGGAACGUCAUGUUCCUCCACGCGUGCCUGACCGUGUGGUGCGACGACGAUCCGCCAUUCGAUCACUUGAGACACGCGGUUUCCCUGAUGUCGGUCGGCUACGUAAUCGGCGACCUGGGCCUCGUGACACUCGCUUCCCUGAGGUCGAGGUUGCUGGGCAACUGGCCGAACGAUCUCGGUUUCUUCACGCGGAUCGAGGAGCUGAAUGAAUUGGCCUGGCAGGACUUGGACCUCGUGCAGAAUCCGCGGGUCGUCUUCGCCAUGGCCAAUGAGUUUAAUGGGACACCCGAGAUUCGUGUGUACGAGACGCGGACGUUGAACGAGAGCCUGGACGACGCGAUGCGCGAUUACCUCUCCCACUAUUCGAACUCGCUCGGUGACGACUCGACCAGACGGCAGAUCAGUUUACCCGACCUCGUGCGACAAUAUCAGACUACGACGUCUCACUGCGGCAACGUCACGUGUGCGAGUGUGAACAGACGGCCGCUUCCGGCGGACUACGGUUGGUUCGAGACGCUGGAAGACGCGGAUGUGACGUACGUUGGGCCGACUUACGUCUACGAAGUGAUACUGAGAUAUCCCGAGCGCGACGCUCCGUCCGUCGGCACGUCGCCCGGGGUGAGUCCCGCGGUAACAUCGCCCUGGCAAAGUCAGAGGCUGAAGCCGAGCUUGCUGCAGUACCUGGAGGGUCACUGCUGGCUGCUCUCUUACCUCCUGCACAGAAUGCAGGACAACGAGAAGCCGACGAUCCUGGAGACGCAAGGCGCGAGGCGCACCGCGUGCCUGGAGAACCUGCUGAACUCCUCGUGGGUGGCGAGGCUGCAGCCGCUGUUCGACCGCAAUCGAAUUCUCGCCGCCGUGUACGGGGCGGGUGCGCAGCCCGCGCGCGAACUCUGGAGCUACUUCGAGGGCGACGAUGGCGACUGGGAGAACGCGUUGGAAGUGCUGAACGCUCUGGCGGAUCAUCGCGCGGCGAGACGCGACGCGGACUUGCUGCGCCUCAAGGAUCUGAUUCUGUGCCACGUGCUGUCCGACGCGAGGAGGACCCUCCCAGCCGCGAGGGUGCUGCGCCACCUCUAUCAGAUCCGAGACGUGCGCAUACUGGCGCAGACGGUGUUGCACAACGUCGACAAGUGGCCGAUGAACGUGUGCGAGCACGCCCUGUUUCACACGCUGCAGCACCGGCGCAGCGGCGAAUUGCCGGCCCACUGCCGACACCGCAUGAAGAGCGUCCUCGGCAGGAUCACGAUCUUUCACAAAAUGAUACCGUACUGCGUGAGCAAGUCGAACAGCACGUGGUACGACGUGGUCUACUGCACGGAGAAGGUCGAUCCGUUUCAGAUCAUGAGGUCGUUGAUCAACGCGGAUCAGUUCGGCUUGUGCCUCGAGUGGCUCGAGUGCCAAGCGUUCGCCCUGGAGAUCCAGCCGUCGGUGAUGCAGGACUUCCUCAUCGGCCUCUUGAAGAACCAACUGCGGGACUUGGAGCAAGCUCGGAAGUUUCUCCAAACGUUACCGUCGAGUCAAUCGGUGAAGGUGUGCAAAGGCGUUCUGAAGAAGCUGGAGUCCACCAGCGCGUUGAAGUUCGUCGUGAACUACUUGUCGGAGCACUGCAGAGCGACGGAGAAGCCGAAGUACCGGAAGAUUCUCGUAGGAGUCGACAUCCUGAAGAUGCUGGAGAGCAAAGAGAGAGCGUUGUACAUCCACCUGAUCAAGGAGCCGCUGUUGAUGUUGGAACAAUUGCUGAUGAACUGUAAAUUCGAGAGCAUCCAGAAGAUUCUGAACACGUUGAAUGAGAACUUGCAGCAUCUCGACGUGGGCAUCGGCAACUUCGACAGAGUUAUACGACUGUACGCGAAGAAGUCGUUGGACUUUCGCGUGUCGUUCCACCGCGAUGGUGUUGAGAAUAAAGGAAGCAAAACUGUGCCGCAAUCCGAUCUCAGGAUGGAGAACGACGGCGAGUUCGUCAUGCCCGUAAAUGUGCCCACCAAGGAGGAAUGGGUGCCGAACGACAAGGCGAGGGAAUGCAGUUGCUGCAAGGCGGUGAUAUUCUCCAUGUUCAACAGGCGACAUCACUGCAGGAGGUGCGGCCGUGUAGUUUGCGCCGUUUGCUCGCAACAUCGUAUGCAGGUGGCCGGCUAUCCCGCCUCCGUUUCCGUGCGCGUCUGCGACGAUUGCAAGCGUCAAACGGUGCUGCAGAUGCGAGCGGCCCAGGACACACCGUCGACGCCCAGCAGCGAGGUGUUCGAUUAUUGGCGCUUGACGAAGGACGAGAAGCACAAUCGCACCAUAAGGGAGGAAUUCUCGUUCGAACACGCGCCGAAUAUCUCGCUGUGUCUCGCUAUUCUCAACUUACACACCGACCAUAAGAUGUACACCAGCUUCCUGCUGGACUGUUGCGACGAGAUGAAGCAACUGCUGCUGCCCGUCGGCGGCGGCAGGGUGAAUCCCGAGGUCGAUCACGCGGUGAUCAUCAAGAUGAUACGCUCGCUGCUGGUCGCUGCGAAGGUGAGGUGCGCGAAGCUCGGCUUCAACACCGGCCUGGCGCACUGCGACCGCUUCCUCUCGCAGGUGGACCUGAUCGCGACGCUGCUCCAGUCCGACUGCCUGGCCCUCGUGCCGAAGGACGAGCUGAACGAGCACACGCUGAGGAAGCUGCGCGACCUCCUCACCGAGAAGGAGCAGUGGACGUUGGCCCUGGACGUCAGUACUAAAGCCGGGCUGGACACGCAGGGUGUGUGGGCCGCGUGGGGCAAGGCGUGCCUGAAGGUGGGGCACUUCGAGCAGGCGAAGGACAAGUUCUACUACUGCCUCGACAAGAUCGCGCGCGACGACGAUCUCGACGGCUGGGUCGUGCUGACGUACUCGAAGGAGCCGGCCGGGGAGACGACGGUCGAGAUGACGGCCACCGUGCCGAGGACGAGUGAGAAAGACGAGAGAACGAGCGAGGCCGGUCACUCGAGGAGGAACGAGUUCGCCAAGCUGUGCCGGCCGCUGAAAGAUCCGCCGCUCUUGACGGAGAUCCUGCAGAUACUGGAGACCCUGAGCGUGUACCGGUACACCCGGGCGCAGUGCCCGCCGUCGCCGUCGUCCCGAUCCUCGGACGCGGCGCAGGAGAUCCUGCAGACGCUCAACAGCCUGAAGGCCGUCAGCCAGAACCAGUUGAACCAGGCCAAGUAUCUGACCGCCGCGAAUCAAACGAUCUAUUAUCACGAGUGCCUGUAUUAUCUGCUGAUGUACGGCAGUCACGCAUCCAUCUUGCGGUUCUUCCUGAAGCACCGGGAGUACGACAGGUGUCUGGCGUACGUCCUCGAGAACGAUCUCGAGCGCGAGCACUUCCUCAACGGGGUUUACCUGCACUGUCUGAGAAACGGCGGCACCGGGGACCUUCACGAGGCGAUGCGGACGAAGGAUCCCACUCUGCUCGCGUGGAAGACGUACCUGCUGCACGUCUGCCACUUCAUGGAGAAGAGGCAGCACUGGCACAUCCUCUAUCAGCUGCAGCUGUUCAUGAGGGACUGCGUCAGGGCGUCGAUGACGUGCAUCCGUUUCUACGUCGACGAGGCGAACGCUUACUCGGACCUGCACGGGAAGGCCCACCUGCUGCGGGACGCGCAGCGGCACCUGGAGUCCGAGCUGCGGAUCGACGGUCUGAACAGGCGCAGGAGGUCCUCCGUUUACAGCCAGCAGCAGGGCGUGCUGGCGAUGGAGAUGGAGCCGUCGGAGAUAGACAGGCACAUCAACACUAUAUGCAGGCAGACGGAGAUCGCCAAAUUCCUGGCGGGCUGCGAGAGGGAGGAGAGAACCGCUGCCGAAUUCUUGUCUCUCUUCCCGGACGUCGUCGAGAACACCGAGAACACCCAGGCGCGCCAAUUGCCCACGUUGUUCGGCGAUCAACAGCAGAAGAUACACCUGGCGGUCCUCGCUAUAUUGUGCGGCCGUGACAUCGAGGAAGGCUUCGGCAUCGCUUUCAGGAUAAUGCAAGACUACAACCUUCCGCAACAGAAAGUCUACUCUCUGGCCGGUCAUGUGUUGGCCCUGAAGAAUAACGUGGUCGCGAUCGAACAAUUGAUCAAGUGCUGUCGCAGUUCCGGAGCGCCCAAUGCCCACGUCAUUUCCGACCACGUUCUGACACAUUGUGUUAAAUUGCUGCUGAACCGUUCGUACAGCACGCAGGAUCAAAAGUCGACGCUCAAGAAUCAUAUCGAUACUCUGGUCAGGCUGAUAAUAGACACGGAACUCAGGAUAAACGCCUACAUCGAAAGUAAACAACUGAAGGCUGCGUAUCUGCUUGCCGUUAAACAUUCCAGAGCGCAGGAUAUACGAAGAAUUUUGAAGGAAUCGGACAGGCUCGGACAAAAUGCAAUUAAAGCGAUAUGCCUGAAAUGGCUGCAACAAGAUCCGAAGAACUGAGUUUAGGAUAUACACGAGAAUUGUACUAUCGAAGUGUAUUUUUUGCAAUUCGUUUCGUUGGGGAGGGGGGGGAUGCGAUUUUUGCAAACCGAGCAGAAGGGAUUUCGUUGCGACACCUUACAAAACGAUAUUUAAGAUAAAAUGCAGGUUUAUUGCAAAUAAAUGAUAUAAAGUUGUUUUGUACUCAUUGCAAGUUCCUGUAUACAUUCGCGUGUAUCUUCUUUAAAGACAGAUCAUCGAGGAAAUAUACAGACUUAAAUUA